GGGCGCCACAGCGGCCACUCUAGCCGCUGUCCCGUGGUUUGGCCUCCCUCUUUCGGCCGCGAGCUCUAUGGUGUCGGCGACGACAUGUGGCGGCUGCCGGGACUCCUGGGCCGAGCUCUUCCCCGUCUGCUGGGACCUGGCCUUCGUGGGGUGACCCCCAAGUCCUCCAGCCCAGAUGGGCCUCAGGCUACCUCCUCCAACCUGCUGGUUCCUGUGCCCAGUUUUGACAGGUCCAGGCCCCACUGCCCUGGCCCAGGCACAAGCAGGGGCCCAAAGUCCCAUGGAUGGAAGGAUGCCUUCCAGUGGAUGUCUGCUUGUGGCUCCCGGAACACAUUGUGGGAUGCCAUAUCAUGGGGCACUCUGGCCGUGUUGGCCCUGCAGCUGGCGAGGCAGAUCCACUUCCAGACAUCCCUGCCAGCAGGACCUUGGCGAGUGGAGCACUGCUCUUGGUGCAGUCCGCUGGACCGCUUCCUCUCAUCUCCCUUGAGGCACCCUUGUUCCUCACUGCGGAGACACAUUCUGCCCAGCCCUGAUAGCCCAGCUCCCAGGCACACUGGCCUUGGGAAACGCAGGCUGGGCCAGGAAGAACCCUCCAUUCAGCCUGAAAGCAUCUCUUCUCCCAGCUCCUUGAGAGCAGCUAGGCAUCAGGAUCCCUCUGAGGAAGAUCCCAGUGACAUCAGCUUCCUGCAUGCCAGCAGUAGCUUCAAGUCCAAGGCAAAGCCGGCCCAACCUCAGCCCACUGACGAAAAGCAGGAACAAGAGAAAUCAAAAAGUCUUUCCCUCGAGGAGGCCGUGACUUCCAUUCAGCAGCUCUUCCAGCUCAGUGUUUCCAUCGCUUUCAACUUCCUAGGGACAGAGAACAUGAAGAAUGGGGACUACAUGGCAGCCUUUUCUUACUUCCAGAAAGCAGCAGACCGCGGCUACAGCAAAGCACAGUACAACGUGGGCUUGUGUCACGAGCAUGGCAGGGGCACCCCCAGGGACCCCAGGAAGGCAGCUUUUUAUUACCAAUUGGCUGCCAGCCAGGGCCACAACCUGGCUCAAUACCGCUAUGCAAGGUGCCUGCUACAAGACCCAGGCUCCUCGUGGGACCAUGAGCGGCAGAGGGCAGUGUCCAUGCUGAAGCGGGCUGCAGACUCAGGCUUACGAGAGGCCCAAGCUUUUCUCGGGGUGCUUUUCACCAAGGAGCCCUAUGUGGACGAGCGGAGAGCUGUGAAAUAUCUUUGGCUUGCAGCCAACAAUGGGGACUCACAGAGCAGAUACCACUUGGGAAUUUGCUAUGAGAAGGGCCUUGGGGUACAGAGGAGUCUGGGAGAGGCCAUGAGAUGUUACCAGCAGUCAGCAGCUCUGGGGAACAUGCCCGCCCAGGAGAGGCUGCAGGCCCUCUUCUCCAUGGAGGCAGCAGCCCCAGGGCCCAGCGACCUAGCAGUAAGAGGACUGAAGUCGUUUUCCAGCCCCUCUCUUUGCAGCCUGAACAGGAGCCUGCUGGCAGGAGCGUCUUGCCUGCCACACGCCUCAAGCACAGGCAACCUUGGCCUCCUCUGUAGAAGCGGGCAUCUCCGAGCCAGCCCUGGAGCCCCCAGCAGGGCCAUCCCCCCACACCCCUAUCCCUUGGAAAGGAGUCUCGUCAGACUGGGUUUUGGCUAAGGCCUUCACGCUUCACUCAGCCCUAAAGAUGGAGCCUGCAAGUUCUCAGAGAGAUACCACAACUUGAAUCCCAAAGAAGAGGCCAGUUAUCCACCUGCCUCCCCAAAGAACCUUAAGUACCUGGCCAGCACAGUGAAGAAGAGGGAAGUGUAUAAAGACCCGGUUCUGGCCACAUCCCCUCGAAGCAGUGGCCUGACUUGCUGUGUUGUUUCCUCAACUGUAGACCAAGGGCAGCGGUGUCUGCCCUCCUACCCACCAGGGCUGAGGUGGGACAUUUCACUGCGAAAGGACCUUGGUGCGCACUCAGGCCCCAGGAGGCAGAGUGAUGCCCUGUUUCCAUGGGUUUGUGAGUCAUCAGGCCAGGACUAGAAUCCUGCCUCUUGACCCCUGGCCCAGGGCUCUUUUGCACAGUUCUCACUGCAAUUUUAUGUGAAAGCCUUAUUAUCGUCCUGCCGACAAGAGAAGAUUGAGCCCCAGGAGUUUUGGUACCAGAGAGUGUAGAUUUCAAGAUCCUCGUUUGUGAAAGGUUUGUGCCAGAAAUGGAUGGGAGUUUAAUAAAAGAGAUACUGGAGAUUA